GUCUAAUAUGGCUAUUGUCACUCAAGAUGCAUUUGUAUUCAGUGGAACCAUUAGAGAAAAUUUAGACCCAAAUGGAGAUUCAAUAGACACACAGGUUUGGCAGGCACUUAGGUCAUGUCACCUUGGUGGUUUAGUACAAACCCUUGGAGGUCUAGAGGCUCGCGUUGAAGAAGCAGGGCGAUCCAUGUCAGCAGGACAGAGGCAACUUUUUUGCCUUGCACGGGCAUUAUUAUGUCGGACCAAGAUUGUAUGCAUAGAUGAAGGAACUUCUCAACUAGAUAAUGAAACAGACGAGCAAAUUCAGCAGACAAUACGGAGCGUAUUUCGCAACAAGACUGUUCUCAUAAUUGCCCACCGUGUUCAUACUGUGCGUGACUGUGACAGAAUACUUGUCAUGGAUGAAGGAGAAGUGGUAGAAAGUGGUCGGCCAACAGAGCUGCUCAGCAAUAGGGAAUCUCAUUUCUAUUCCAUUCUUCAUUCACAGUAAUAGCAAUCAGAGUGUUACACAAAAAUAAUAAUAAAAUUCAAUGUAUUUUUCUUUUAAACUCCAAAGACUAAAUGAUUUUUCAUGUAACUUUUGUAACUUGAUCUCUCAAGAUAUUUAUUUUUUAUUUCAUAUAGUAUAGUGUACCAGCAGACAGUGUCCAUUCAUAAAAUUCCUUUAUCUUGUGAAUUGAUUGUGUAAGAUUAAACAGUGUCAUUUAUAUACUGUAUUACAGUAUGUAUAUGGUGUUGUCACUAUCUAGGAAAACUUAGAUUUUGACAAGUUUAAUUUAAAUAUGGAUUUCAAGAAGUUUUUUAUUCAGAUUUACUUAAAAUUUCUACAGUGCUGUGCAAAAUAUUUUAGAUGAAUUUGGAAUUUAUUUUGAGGUAAGAGUUUUUAUGGUCUUACAAAUAUUAGGAAAUUUGUUUAGAUUAAUACAUUGUAUUUCAAUUUUAUUAUGAAAGAACAUUUAACAUCAUUACAGAGUGGAAACCUUUAUUGCUGAAUAUGAAUUGUUGAGAAGUGAUUACAGUUGUUUUGAUUAUAGUUUUGAUACAUACGUAAUGCAUAAGGUCUAUAUUGUAAGUGCUAGUAAUAGUAUUUUUUUUUAUCAGAUUUGUAAAAAUGUCUUUUUCAUGCAGUAGUUAUGACUGUAAAUACCUGUAAUAAACAUAUACGUAUUGCUCUAGUGCAAGGCUUUUUGAAAAGGGUAUUUCUCAUCAAUAUACUAAUAUAUUUAGCAACGAUUUAAGAUUAUUUCAGGAAUAUGAUCUUUUACUAAAAUCUAUUUUCAAAGAGUCCACAUGCAUUUCCAUGAGAAAAAUUACUAGAGUAGGAAUAUUUUUUUAUAUUUGCAUAUUUUUAUAACUUUGAAUUUUGUUUACUUAUAAGUAUAUAGUAUCUACUAUGAAACUUUGUUAUAGAGAAAAGACUUAUAUUAAAAUAUGUACUUUCCCAGUUCCUCAACAUGAUUCACAUAUAGGCUAUUUACAUUUUAGAACAGAAUAUUGCUAUGAUGAUCUAUAUUUUCUAAGGAAUUCAUUUCUAACAUGGCCAGUGUAUGAGAAAUAAAAUUUGUCAAAUUAUUUUAAUGUAUUUAAAAAGUUUAGGUCAUUUAGUAAUUUCAAUACUGUAUACAUAUCAACUGUUCAUGUUUCCAGUAUUGGUAGAAUAAUUGUCACCCACAAUGGAACAGAUCUUUCAGUUUGUAAAGUCCUCAGUGAAUUUUAUCUGGAUUUUUCAAUUGUAAGUAAUAAUACUAUAAAGAACAUUUACAGUCUUUAAAAACGAGGAUGAAAUUAGAUGCUAUUCUUGAGUGUAGAUCUUUGUAUAUUGUUAAGAAAUACACUUAAAGUCCUUAAGCUAUAUGUACAUUUUAUUAUAUUCUUAAGUAUAUACCAAGACUAACACUCAAGAAAAGGGUCUUAUGUUAUCCAAUAAUGUCAUUGCAAAACUUUAUGCUUUCAAGAUAGAUUAUAGUGAACAUUUAUUGAAUAAGACAGUUCAAAUAGUAUCUGAAAGCAUUUAUUUUAACCAAGUAAUAAUGAAGGAAUAUUCAGGAAUGCAUUUCAGUGUAUUCAAGAUAAUCACGUGUAUUUUAACCAAUGCAUAAUAACAAUUCAAGUAUCUUUUACAUAUUUACUUUUAGAAAAAUAAUGUCAUACCUUUUUAGCAGUGUUCUGAUGGUAUAUGAUUCUGGCCAUUAAUUUAACAUGUUGAAGCCAUUAGCUGUACAGUAUCUGAAUCUUAUUUAAUUCUCGUUUCAAGAACUAAAGUAACAUGUAACCUUGAGCUGGUCACUUGCAGGGCAUAAAUUCUAAGUUUACAAGAAAUAUGCUCAUGAAUGCUCUAUAGUAAGGAGUUGAGUGCCUUAUAUGUCAUCCAAUUUAAUCAUUUCAGAUUUAUUACUAAUUCAGGUUUUGAUUACAGACUUAAAUAUAAAGGAAAACUCAGAAAUAUGCUGAUAUUUUAAUCAAAAUUUAAUUUUUAAAUUAAAAACAAAUGCCCUGAAGCUAGCACUCACUUUGAAAUUUCACUCACAAUAAUUGUAAAUUUGUCUUCCUCUUGAAUUUUUGUGUCUUUAAGCAAACCACUUGAAUGUCUCCUAUAAAAAUGUGGAAUAGUGAUUAAUCUUGGUAAAGGCUGUUAUAUUAAUUUUUCAACUUAUUCAGACUUUAGUUAGUUAAUAAUUGUGCAAUAAUUUAAAACGUUAUUAAUGUCCAUUGUCCAUGAAUGACUCUGGUUAAAAGUUCCUAUACUUAAUCUUUUUAGAAACCAGUCUUAUAAGAAAUGACCUCAUAAUCAUUUAUCACCAGGCUAUGAAUGGUUUCUUCAAUACUUUGUUAAUGGAAACAGAAAUGUUCUUCCUUUCCUUCCCUUUGGUUCCCUUCUAGAACAGCUGAAAUGUCCCACUUUUCUCUUCCCCUCAAAGAACAGUAAUAAUUUAUGGAAUUGAGGCUGUAUGGUUUUUAGCACAUUUCACUUAAUAAUGUAUUUUAUUCAUAUAAGUAACCUAACCUAUCAUAUCCAUUGUCCAGUAGUACGUCUCUCUCUCUCUCUCUCUCUCUCUCUCUCUCUCUCUCUCUCUCUCUCCUCUCUCUCUCUCUCUCUCUCUCUCUCUCGCUCUCUCUCUCUCUCUCUCUCUCUCUCUCUCUCUCUCUCUCUCUUUCUGUGUUGGAGACUGCUGUCCAUUGUAAAUGCCAAACUUUUACAUCUUAAAUGAGAUCUUUAGGUCUCUUGACUAAAUAAUAGUUUGGGAUUGUGCUUAUUUUCAUUCCAAAGCUAUGUUGUCUGUGGAUUUCUGUGAAUACCUUGCUUUUGAUAAUGUUAUAAGGAGACAGGUUGGAUAAGAAAAAAACUGUAUUCAAACCACUGUGAUAAUCUUGGCAUAAACUGUUGUUGUUAUAGAAUUCUACAAAGGUGGAUGGUAAACUGCAGUUACACAAGACUAAAGAAAUUCAAUUUCUAUACUAGUCAUGUUUUCCACUGAGGUGACUGAUUGUACAUUCUGCAAUUAAAAAAAGGAAUUAGU